AGUCUCUACAAGAAUUUUUUGCCAAUCACCUAUGAAGCUCCUGAUUUUGAAGUUGCACUUCUGCAAUGAAGAAAAAGAGACGGCUCGCUGCAAAUCUGAAUGAAAAGGUUCAUCUUGGCCAUGAGAAAGAUACUUCAGAGCAGAUUCUUGUAGUAGACUCUGCACAAGAAAUUGUCUCAAAGUCUGCAGAAAUAGCUCCUGCAGAUCAGCUUGAAUCUUCGCAAGAACUUUCACCAUCAUCAGAACAGAGAAAGCUCCUUAGCUCAUUGCAGUAUAACAAAAAUCUACUUAAAUACUUAAAUGACGAUAGACAGAAACAUCCAUCAUUUUGUGAUUUACUCAUAAUUGUAGAAGGAAAAGAAUUUAGUGCUCACAAAGUUGUAGUGGCUGUUGGGAGUAGUUAUUUUCACGCCUGCUUGAGCAAAAAUCCAAGCACCGAUGUCGUCACAUUAGAUCAUGUAACUCAUUCUGUCUUUCAGCAUUUGCUUGAGUUUCUCUACACCUCUGAGUUUUUUGUAUAUAAAAAUGAAAUUCCAUUAGUGCUGGAAGCAGCAAAAUUUUUAGAUAUCAUAGAUGCAGUGAAGUUACUAAAUAAUGAAAGUGCUUCUAACAUACAGACUGAUGUGGUAACUGAUGUACCUACACCAGUAGAAACACUCAAUGAACUGACAGGUAAACUAUUAAAUAGUCAUCAGUGCACUUUUUGUGGUCGAAGUUUCUGUUACAAGAAGUCCUUAGAAAAUCAUUUGGCUAAAGCCCACAGAUCCCUUUCACAGGAAAGAAAACAUGGGUUAAAAAUGGUUGAGAAGGCCAGCUUUUCCACUAGACGUUCUACAAGAAACCGUAAAUGUCCAGCUAAAUUUGAUAACAGUGAUAAUGAAAGUGGUGAUGCCUCUGACAGCAAUUUGGAAAAAGUCAGUUCUGACAAGGAAACAUCUGAUAGGAGUGAAUUUGAAGACAGUGAAAGUGAAUGCAAUGCUGAUGAAGAGGGACAGGAAGAGGAAAUGUCAGGUGAAGAUUCAGAGUCUGAAGAACAAAGUGAGAAAGAACAGAAUGAUACUGAGGAGGGUUCUGAAUCAACUGAGGCAGUUGAUUCAGUGGGAAAUAUUCCUGAAGGCUUAGCUCCAGUCAUCAUUCAGAGCAGUAGCAAAAAACUACUGCAGUGUCCCAAGUGUGACAAAAAAUUUGAUCGAGUAGGCAAAUAUGAGAGCCAUACGCGUGUACACACGGGUGAGAAACCUUUUGAGUGUGAUAUAUGUCAUCAGCGCUAUUCAACAAAGUCCAACCUGACAGUACACCGAAAGAAACACUCUAGUGAUACUGACUUUCAUAAAAAGGAACACAAAUGUCCCUACUGCAAUAAGCUGCAUGCAAGCAAAAAGACUUUAGCGAAGCAUGUGAAGAGGUUUCAUCCAGAGAAUGUACAAGAAUUUCUUUCUAUAAAGAAGACAAAGAGUGAAGGCUGGAAAUGUGAUAUUUGUAAGAAGUCUUUCACUCGAAGACCUCAUUUAGAAGAGCAUAUGAUUCUUCACUCUCAGGAUAAACCCUUUAAGUGUACCUACUGUGAAGAGCACUUUAAAUCCCGAUUUGCAAGACUGAAACAUCAAGAAAAAUUCCAUCUCGGGCCUUUUCCUUGUGAUAUUUGUGGACGCCAAUUUAACGAUACAGGAAAUCUGAAACGCCAUAUAGAAUGUACUCAUGGAGGAAAGAGAAAAUGGACAUGUUUCAUCUGUGGAAAAUCUGUUAGGGAACGAACAACUUUGAAAGAACAUCUGAGAAUUCACAGUGGAGAGAAGCCUCAUCUUUGCAGUAUUUGUGGACAGAGUUUUCGUCAUGGAAGUUCUUACAGACUUCAUCUAAGAGUCCACCAUGAUGACAAGAGAUAUGAAUGUGAAGAAUGUGGGAAAACAUUUAUUCGGCAUGACCAUCUGACAAAACACAAAAAAAUACACUCAGGUGAAAAAGCACAUCAGUGUGAGGAAUGUGGAAAAUGUUUUGGCCGUAGAGAUCACCUUACUGUUCAUUAUAAAAGUGUUCAUCUAGGAGAAAAAGUCUGGCAGAAAUACAAAGCCACGUUUCACCAGUGUGAAGUCUGUAAGAAAGUUUUCAAAGGGAAAUCAAGUUUGGAAAUGCAUUUUAGGACACAUUCAGGCGAGAAACCCUACAAAUGUCAAAUCUGUAAUCAGUCUUUUAGAAUUAAGAAGACAUUAACAAAACACAUGGUUAUUCAUUCAGAUGCUCGACCUUUUAAUUGCCAACACUGCAAUGCAACAUUUAAACGAAAAGACAAGCUGAAAUAUCAUAUCGAUCAUGUUCAUGGAUCAAAGGCUGCAGAAGAGGCAUUGACAUCUUCUUCAGAGGAAAAGCUAGUCUCCUUACCAGUCCAGUACACCUCUGAUGACAAAGUUUACCAAACUGAGGCUAAGCAAUAUGUGGAACAGUCCAAAGCAUAUCAGUCGGAAGCCAAAACUUUGCUACAGGAUGUAUCUACAGAAGUAUGUGUGCCUGUGACUCUGGUACCAGUUCAGAUGUCUGAUCCACAAGCUGAUCUAGUGCAGCAUACUACGCAGUCACAUGGCAUCCUUCCUCCACAACCUGAGCAGACAGAUUAUCAACGAGCAACAGAUCUAUCAUUUCUAGAAAAAUACACUCUUACUCCACAACCUGCAAAUAUUGUUCAUCCUGUAAGGCCUGAGCAAAUGUUGGAUCCUAGAGACCAGUCAUAUCUUGGAACUUUACUGGGGCUAGAUACAGCUCCUACUGUACAGAAUAUUUCAAACAAUGAACAUUCAUGAUCAGACCAUAACAUUCCACCUAAGUUACUAAGCCAUUAGCCUACAGAAGGCUGAUAUGGCAAUUAAGAUUUAUAUUUUAUAUUUUAUUUGGACUCAUGAGUCUUCUGCAUAGUUUUGGGAAAACAGGUUUGUUUACAUAAUAUUUGAACAUUUAGGCAC